UGAAGACGGUCUUGCGCACUCCGUGAGCUUCGGACGAAGGUAGGCGACAUGGCUCUGCUCCCAAGCAGUGCGCGAUUCGACGUCCAACCAACCGCGAGGACAAACUGCGAAGCAUCCAGUGCCAACAGGGUAGUAACAGAGCAGUGGCGGGUGAUCUGAGUCGACAUUAAACAGCAGCAAACACUAUGUGCGGUACACGUCAAUGGAGAAGAACGUCCAUGGAAUGACGUGACUUAGGAUGGUGGUCCAGUGACGCCAAUCCACGCCCCACGAUGCAUCUCUGGCCAACAACUGACCAACCCGACGCAGAGAAACAAAGCCACUCCAUCUGGGAUCACCAUGACAACGAGUCGUCCUCUUAUUUGAACCACAGCAACGACAAUGUUAGUAGCAACGACGACACGAUUAAGACAAUGUACAAGUACACUGUUCCGGCUCUGCUGACGUUCUGCAUCAUCUCGCUGGCAAUUAACGUCCGGAUUUUAAUUACCAUCUAUUGGAUCCGCCGACCUCUGUCGCCCACGUUACACAUCAGCCUGAGUCUAGCGGGGGCAGACGCCUAUACGUCACUGAUACUCGCAAUUGGUCUGGUGGUCAACAGUCUCCUGCCUGUCGGAUUAGGAAUCAGAUUUCAAAAUGAAUGUUUCGCGCUGUUCCUGGAGACGCAAAGAUUGGGCGGCGUGAUCGUGACAGUGGCGCACCUUCUGGCACUCGCGUGCAACCACUACCUGGGAAUACUUCGCCCACUGCACUACCUGUCCAUCAUGACGCACAGAAACACGACCACGUGCAUCGUUCUACUCUGGAUUCUCCCCAUCAGCUACUUUGUCGUCUACUUCUCGACUGUAGAUGGACAAGGAUUUCAGUCGCAAAACUGCACUGCAAUAGACUUCAUGCUUCAUCUCAAGUUCCGCGCCGUGUUCUCCGCCCUGUUCUUCGCCCCCUUGGUGCUGAUGUUCGUCAUAUACAUGCACAUCUUCUCGAUCGUGCGUCGACACCAAGUGAACCGCCUCCGACUCAGCCAGAUGAACCACGGGUCCCGGCAUCGUGGCUCGUCUGGGUCCACUAGUCAGCAGCUGACGAGGAGCGUCAAGGCGAUCCACACGACACUCUUCAUCCUUGGUUCGUAUAUCGUCGGCUGGAUGCCGGCGGUGCUGUCGUACCUCCUCUUCUGCGAAGACUGCCUUUUCCACUUCAACACGUUCAACAAGUUUGUCAUGUUCUUCAUCUACACCAUCGUCAAUCUGCUUGUGAUCUUCAAGACCUUAAUCAACCCCAUCAUAUACGCAGCGCGGAUGCACGAGAUCAAGAUGGCGAUACCGCGAAUGCGUGCCACAUUGUGCCGAUGCUGCUAUUUGUUCCUGGCGGAUGGCUCCGAGAGCAAUGAGCGGUCCCUCAAUCGCCUGUCACAAUACUACGCCUCCAGCAACAAUCUCAUGAGAUGCAACACGACCAUCUACCGAAUGCAGUCCUCUCAGCCAACAGCUAGCAACGGCAACGGCAACACACAGGUUCACGAACUUCUCCAGAGGAAGAGCACGCACGGCAGACAUCAUCGGAGGAGAACAGACGAUUACAGUACUGACCUCUGAUCGAUAUAUCGAUUACAACUAUUUUGUACAUUUCUGCAGACUUAUACAUGAUAUUUAUAAAACAAUAAAAACGGGCUCAUGUACGUUGUUGCAUGGAUUGUGGUUUGCAGGUGUGUGUGUGUAGUGACUACCACGAACCAAGUCAUAGUACUCCGAGUGCAACUGUCACUGUUUACGCAAAUAUCGACUUUUAAAAUUAUAAACAAUGUAGAAUUUUUCGUCAAAAUUAAUACAGCCUACACAUAAAGUACUCUCUUAUGAAACAAGUUUGGAGAAAUUGUUGCGUGUGAUCUUUUUGAGAACUAAUUAAAGGUAAAUAUAGAAAGAAAUAUAUGGCACACGCCUAAUUUGUGAUAAAUGCGCACAUUUUGAACCUUUUACUGUGUACCAUAUUUGAUUAUACAAAGCUACUCGUUCAGUGUAAUUAAAUGGACAAAAGCCAGAAA